AAUGACGACAAAGCGUACGAAGUAUUUUUUUUUUAUCAAGAGAGUUGUAUCCUGGUGUCCUGGAGUCGUCCCGGUGGUUCUUUGGGAAUAACUAUAGAAAUAUCCCGCCUUUCUGCUUUAAUGGACAGCUACUUCAACAAUGCGCUUCGUAGUUACAAAAAGAAGUAAACGGGAUUGAAUAAAGCCAUCGGGUACCAUCGUUAAAGUUGGUCACAGUCUUAAGAGCAAACAGCAUGAGGAUCCUUAGGUUUCUGAGGAGUAGUGUGGCCAUAACAAAAGAUAUAGACUUUUAUUCCAGAUUCUCACCUUCUCCUUUGUCAAUGAAGCAGUUUCUGGACUUUGGGUCAGAAAAUGCUUGUGAGAAAACCUCCUUCGCCUUCCUCAGACAGGAGCUGCCAGUGAGGUUGGCCAACAUAAUGAAAGAAAUCAAUCUGCUUCCUGAUCACCUACUCCGCACUCCCUCAGUUCGACUGGUCCAGAGCUGGUAUAUGCAGAGUUUUCAGGACAUUCUUGAGUUCAAAGAAAGAAAUGCAGAUGAUGAAAAAACCAUCUAUGAUUUUACAGACGCUGUUAUAAAGAUUCGAAAUCGACACAAUGACGUCAUUCCCACCAUGGCUCAGGGAGUGGUGGAGUACAAGGACACCUAUGGAAUGGACCCAGUAGUGAGCCAAAACGUUCAAUAUUUCCUUGAUCGUUUCUAUAUGAGUAGAAUAUCCAUCAGAAUGCUCCUAAACCAACACACACUCCUCUUUGGUGGCAAGGUGAAGGUGAAUCCAGCCCAUCCUAAACAGAUUGGAGGUAUUGACCCACACUGCCGCGUCAGUGAGGUCAUCAGGGAUGCCUUUGAAAAUGCAAGAAAUCUCUGUGACCGCUACUACAUGAACUCUCCUGACCUCAUACUAGAGGAAUUUAACGCAAAAGAAAAAGAUAAACCUAUUACAGUGGUUUAUGUUCCCUCCCAUUUGUACCACAUGGUCUUUGAACUUUUCAAGAAUGCCAUGCGCGCCACCAUGGAGUUAUAUGGGGAUUCUAUGGAGUAUCCCCCAAUCCAGGCGCAUGUUGCUCUGGGCACAGAAGACCUGACAGUAAAGGUCAGCGAUCGUGGUGGAGGUGUCCCACUGAGAAAGAUUGACAGACUCUUCACCUACACUUAUUCCACUGCGCCCAAACCUGACAUAGAGCGCUCUCACGCCGCCCCUCUGGCUGGUUAUGGCUAUGGUCUGCCCAUUUCUCGUCUUUAUGCCCGGUACUUCCAAGGAGACCUGAAGCUGUACUCUUUGGAGGGAUUUGGGACAGAUGCAAUAAUCUACAUACGGGCAUUGUCCACAGAGUCAAUAGAGAGACUUCCAGUGUACAACAAGUCUGCCUGGAAACACUACAAAACCAUCCACGAAGCUGACGACUGGUGUGUCCCCAGCAAAGAGCCCAAGGACAUGACCACCUACCGGAGUUUCUAAGACCAAUCCAGAGUGUUGAGUGAAAAAUGGGUUAGUUUAGGACCAGGCUGCUGUGAGGCUGAUCAUGAACAAAGAUAAGUAAGAUAUAUCUGACUGUGUAGAGUAGUAAAAAUGUAUUUAAUGGAGUAAGGUGUCUACCAGCAUGUCCUUCAAGUUCAGCAUCUAUCGCACACCUGUCUAAAUAUGGAUUUCAAGUUCAUUUUGGCCAGUAAUAAACCUCUGCCAUUUCCUGUUACCUAAAUAAUGCAUUCUAUUUUUGUGGGAUCAUGUUGGAUUUUCCAUUUUUAGUCAACUUUCUUGUGCUGUUACAAAAUAAAAUCAAACAGAGUCAAAGUAUAGGGAAAGGCUUAUUUAUUUUCAGUAUUCAUGUUCUGUCUGUCGCAGCCACCAUCAGAAUGAACUUGAGCUAUAUUCUGUUAUUACAGUAUUAUGUCUUCUGUCUGUAAUAUGGUUACAUUUAAAAUAAACACUCCCAAGUUCAUGAAAUACA